AUGGAGCACAAGCCUAAUUUCAUUCAAAGAUUCGAUGACAGAUUUAUUAUCGAUCAAGAAGGUGUUGGUCCACUGAUUGUUUUCCCUGUCUACAGAACACUCAGAGAAUUCAGCAAGACAAAGCUUCAAGUUAGAGUUAACGAGCUUAUUCUAUCACAAGAACUUAUCUAUCGUGGUGAAUGGCUCAUGGAUAAAGUUUUAUAUCUUCCACAAAAGACAGUCAAGCAAUUCACACCAGUUCACCGUAAUAACUACAGAACAGAAAGCUGGAUUCACCUUCUUCCACAAGAUGUUCUUCCUCCUGGCCCAUAUUCUCCAUUUUAA